CGCACAGCCGACUGGAUCUUUCCAAAGUCACGUUGACAGAGAGAAAUCUAGCAGCGUGUGUUUGUGUGUGUGUGUUAGUGCAAGUGCAGAAGAUCAGCGGUGAUUAAAUCAUGGUGUUUCUGACUUUAUCGUGCUGGAUCCGGAACCGAGGUCCAGACCGUUACUGGAAAGUUCAGGAGCUUUUAAAACACGCUCGGCACUUUCGUGGAAGGAAGAAUCGCUGCUACAGCCUGGCAGUGCGUGCUGUUCGCAGGGCCUUCGUUUAUGCCUCCAAAGCGAGGAAAGCCAAGAGGCGCAGCAUGAGGACGUUGUGGAUCUCUCGUGUGGCUGCAGCUUGUCGUGAACAUGGCAUUAAAUAUCCUGUCUUAAUGUACAACCUUGUGCAGUGCAGCGUGCAGCUGAACCGGCGUGUGCUGAGCGACCUGGCCGUCACGGAGCCUCGCACCUUUCAGGCGCUGGUGUCGUUGGCUCGAGCUCGGCAGCAGGAGGGUCUGCGGGCAGCUCUGGGUGACGGGAAAGAGCCUCCCGGUGUGUUCUCACGCAUCACACAGCUACAGUGACGGACAGCUCUCACGGCCUAACACAGUGCGGCUUCUCUACAGACUCGCUGCUGAAUCAGUCGUGUUUCCUGGCACAAGGUGUGAAGAUGUGAACAGGUUCUCCACGUUCAUCCACACAUCGUCCUACUUCACCACGUCCGCUUUACCGUCAUCAGAGACUGAAAUCUUGGUGUCAAAGGAAAAGUGUUCAAACCUUGUUGUGUGUAAAUAUACAGAUAGAACAAACACAGUCACUAUCACCUAAUUUUACCUGUUAAUAAACUGUUUUCCUAUUGAAAAA